AUGGUCGCGUUCGCAGGUUCUCAACGAGGCCUCUCCGCAAGACAGAGCUACAUUGGAAUAUCAAACUACCUUCGAGGGCUAUAUGUAGCACCACGACUACGGCUACAAUGCCAAUUCUGCGUCAGGAGGCAAUCUCACUCCGCAAAGCGGCUAGGAGCAGAGGAUAUCUCUUCAUAUCCAUUCCUUGAAAACUACAAGAAAAUCAACUUUAUGACUUUAGUUUCAUUUCCUACCGCCAUCUCUGAUUUCAGUACCCUACUUGAGGCGCAGGAAUCCGGGAAACAUGUAACUCUGUACGGUUACCUAGGCAAACGGACUGAUAUAGGGAAGAAGAUGUCUUUUGUCCGACUAGCAGAUCCAAGGUUGUCGCAAACGGUGCAGGCCAUCUCUUUCUCGAAGACCGACGCGUUUGAUAAAUUAAAGUCUAUAGAACCGCACAGCCCCGUUGUGUUGCGAGGGAUCCUACAGACGAAAGUGACGAGCGCGAAAGAAUCAAAGCAAGCACCAGCAGUGGACAAAGAAGGGAAUAUAAAUAGCCUGGAAAUUGCCCUGGAGGAUAUACAGCUUCUCAAUGAUUUCCCUAAUGACAUCAUUAUGAAGCCAGAGACCGUAUUUCCUGCUGGCAAGCGGUUUCUUCAGAUCAGGAAUGAUAGGGAGAUCCGGCAUGCCCUAGCUUUUAGGGCGAGGGCAGGUAAGGUUCUACGAGAAGCUUUGGAGCAAUGUGAGCCUCCUUUUAUGGAGGUAGAGACUCCGUUGCUCUUUAAAUCGACCCCCGAAGGGGCGAGGGAGUUUCUCGUUCCAACGCGGAGGCCAGGCUUCGCUUAUGCACUUCCUCAAAGUCCACAACAAUAUAAGCAAAUCCUUAUGAGCGGUGGAAUCCCGCGCUACUAUCAGUUUGCCCAUUGCUUCCGAGACGAAGAUUUACGGGCAGAUAGACAGCCCGAAUUCACUCAACUGGAUCUCGAGAUGUCUUUCGCAAGUGGCGAAGAUGUGAUGAACGUUAUUGAGCGAAUAGUUCGCCAACUAUGGUCAGCGUUAAUGCCGGAGCCACUCAACGAUGCCCCCUUUCCCAGAAUGACCUACUACGAAGCCAUGUCCAAAUACGGCUCUGAUAAGCCAGAUCCAAGGAUUGGGAUGGAGAUUUACCGCGUCGACUAUAUGAUUCCUGUGGACUUGGUCCGCAGAAUCACAAAUUUGAGUGACCCCAUCGUGGAGGUCAUCAAAUUGAAAGGGAACGGCGAUCCUGCAAAAACCAAAGCAUUUACCUCAUCGAUUUUGGAUGCAUUCGUGCCGAGUGAACUGAUCAAUAACCCUGAAGGCAGGCCGGAGACAUUCGUUAUUGAUUCUGCACAGCCCCUGUUUGGGCUUCAGGAUUUUGGAUUCGAAGCUGUCGAUAGGCUAGAAAGCGAGUUGGGCUUGGAUAAUGGCGACCUUCUCGUCGUGCAAGCUCGCCGGAAGGCUCCAUUGUCAGGUGGCUCAACUCCUCUCGGCGAUUUGCGCCGCGUUCUGCAUAAAGCUGCCACCGAAACUGGGUUCAAACGUGCGCCCACCGGCUUCAAUUUCCUUUGGGUGACGCAUUUUCCCCUUUUCUCUCCCAGCUCAGACACAGAACCGGGCCAAGGUGGUACCGCGGGAAUUGCAUCAACACAUCACCCGUUCACCGCUCCCCUUGGCCCAGAGGAUGUUGAUCUUCUUCUUACCGAUCCAACUAAAGUAGUCGCAGACCACUACGACCUUGUCGUAAAUGGCGUCGAGUUGGGCGGUGGCAGCCGGCGUAUUCAUUCUGCUGAGGUUCAAAAGUUUAUUCUUCGUGAUAUUCUGAAAGUACCGGAAAAUCGCCUGGGGGACUUUUCACACCUCUUAGAAGCGCUUAGAGCUGGAUGCCCACCUCAUGCCGGGAUUGCUUUGGGCUUUGAUCGACUAAUCGCUAUCAUGCUGGGGAAAGAAAGUGUGCGUGAUGUGAUCGCGUUCCCGAAAUCGGGCAAGGGUGAAGAUGUCAUGGUGAAGACGCCUAGUAAGAUGACUGAAAAAGCGCUGGAGACCUAUCACUUGCAAUUGCGCCAGGAGGACUAA